GGUAGCAUCCGACGCGGAGGCUUUUGCCAGCGCCGACCAGCUGUCGCAGUGUUGGCGGUUAGAGAGUGACGGAAAAUUUGCGUCGGUGGCGGUUGGUAGCAGAGAAGCUCUAUAGCCGGACGUGGUUUAGUCACGGUCCGUACGCGAACGGCGACAGUUCGUAUCUUAUUGAAAUUUAUUCACGUCGUUGCACUGCGACCGAUCUAAAGAAGAUUAUCACUGAUAAGAGCCAGAAUAUCAAGCAACCAUGGUAAAAGCGUACAAUGGCGCAUUAGUUCUUGCGGACAUUUUAUUAGUUAUUUCGAAGAUUCUAUAUUACAUUUGUGAGAGCGUGUACAAGUUUUUUGUUCCACCGGAAGAAAAAAGUGUGGCUGGUGAAAUUGUUCUAAUAACAGGCACAGGUCACGGUAUUGGAAAAGAAUUGGCCCUUCGUUAUGCAUCGUUAGGCGCAACAGUAGUCUGCUGGGACGUGAAUCAAGAAGCAAACGAAGAGACGGUGAACGAAAUAAAAAAGAAUGGAGUAACCGCUGCAUACGCUUAUCAAUGCGACGUGUCGAAAAGAGAGAACGUUCUCAACGUAGCCGAAAGAGUCAAAAAGGAAGUCGGCGAUGUCACUGUUUUAGUUAACAAUGCCGGAAUAAUGCCUUGCCACACAUUUCUCGAUCAUACGAGCGAUGAAAUAACACGGAUCUUUGAUAUUAACGUACUAGCCCACUUCUGGAUGCUGCAAGCAUUUUUACCGAGCAUGAUCGAAAAGAAUCAUGGUCACGUGGUUGCGUUAUCGUCACUGGCUGGUCUUGGUGGACUUCCAAAUCUAGUCCCCUAUUGCGCUUCGAAAUUCGCAGUUAGAGGACUUAUGGAAUCAAUUAGCGAGGAAUUGCGGAUAACUAGUAAAGGCAAAUCUUUAAUUAAAUUUACUACUAUUUAUCCGUACAUGGUAGAUACAGGACUUUGUAAGAAACCGAAAAUGAAGUUCCCGAAUGCCAUGCCACUGGUUUUACCGGGGCAAGCAGCUUCACAAAUAAUUCAGGCACAGAGACGCGAAUAUCGCGAAAGAUCUGUGCCUCCACACUGGCUAUCAAUCAACUCGACAAUAAGACUAUUUCCCGAUAAUGCGAUACACUGCUUGGUAGAUUUUUGCGACACCGGUGUUGACGCAGAUUGGAGUUAACAAAUGCGAAAAACAUCUUUUGAUUAAUUCGAAAUAAAUUUGCGAAUAAAAUGUUUUCUUUACAGUUAUAUAUAAUUAUCCAGUAUGUUAUUGUAUUAUUUAUAAAAUAUCGGUAAAAAUAAGCAUGUUAUCGAUUUAUUAUUAACAUUUCAAAGUAUUUAUUAUUAAUAUUCAAAGUAAAUAAUAUUCAAGGAUUUAUUAUUAACAUUUCAUUUAAUAUUCAAGGUAAGACGUUUGUCUUUCUUCUCAAUACUGUGAAAACUCUAUUCUACAUGUGAAAAGAAUUACCUAAUAAUUAAUCAUUUAAUUUCAUUCAUUGUUAAUCAACAAUUAAGAUAAGCAAAAGAAAUGUGUUUUAUACAUAGCGAUAAAUAGUAACGUAAAUAGUAAAUAAAUAACUAUACAAAUUUUUGUACAAUAUUAAAAAAAAAUUAUUGUGAAAUUAUUAUAAAAUUAUUGUAUUGUAUGCUUUAUCGUCGUCGAAUAGCAUUAACACGGUAUAUGGUUAGUAGCGCGAAUAAGGUUUCGUUUCGCUUAAUUGAUAAACAAUAUUAGUAUAAUGUACUUGCAAUGAUAAACUGCUAAGUAAUAUGUUAUGUUAUGGUACUGAAAACAGGAAAAUAAGUUCAAAUUCAAAGUUUCAGCAAAGUUUAACGCUUCGCAUUUCUAUUACAUGAUAUUAUAUUCUUAUAUUAUAUUCUAUCUAUAAUAUAUUAAUAUUUGCGUAUAUGUGAUAAGGAUGUAUAAAGAUAAGAUGUGUAUAGUGAUCGUUUAAUAAUAUAAUUAUCGUCUGAUGUAUAAUUA